GUCGUCUGUAGCCAAAAAACGAUUAGAAGCUAUUAAGCACCAUCUCAAUCCUGAUGCCACGCCUAACUUUGAAACAUGUACAGUACAUCCUUUUUUCUCCAUUCUUUAAUGUACGUAUUUAUCUUAAUUAUGUGCAACAUUCACUUUCUUUAUCAGUACGUAUUCAUCGAAGAGAUGGUCAAGUACCUUACAUUACACCGCUUGAUCCUCUUCGUUUCUUAUUGAGAAGUGCUAUGGUUUAUGCUAACAAAACAGCCAUUAUCCACCGUCACCGUUCAUUCACUUUUUGGGAAUUAUCUGAGCGUAUCAGAGCGUUAGCGAAUGUGCUGCUAACGAAAUACCAUGUCCGGCCAGGAGACCGUGUAGCAAUACUUUGUCAAAACAUUAGCGCCUUUAUCGAAGCACAAUAUGCUAUACCAGCCAUUAGUGGUGUCACUGUGCCCAUUAACACAAGGCUGUCAGCUAAAGAAGUAGAAUACCUUCUUGAACACUCAGGAGCUACUGUCCUUAUUAUACAAACAGAAUUUACUGACAAGUUAACGGAUGAAGUUCGUGCUCUUAAUUAUUUGAAAAUAAUUGAAGUAGCUGAUAGUGAAGAUAUCCAUUCGGAUUUUUAUGAAAAGUUACUGGCAGACGAGAGCAAGAAUUCUCGACAACUUUCAUGGAAUGAUAUGCCUACUUGUCAGGAUGAAAAUCAAAUGCUCUCCAUUAAUUAUACGUCAGGAUCAACAGGGAGACCUAAAGGGGUAAUAGUAACUUACCGUGGAGCGUACAUGAUGGCAUUAGGAAUGGUCAUACAAGACAAGCUGACGCCAGAUACAAAGUUCUUGUGGACAUUACCUAUGUUUCACUGUAAUGGAUGGAGUUUUCCAUGGGCUAUUGUUGCAGUUGGAGGUACACAAAUCACGCUGAACAAGUUGGAUUACACUCAAGUUUGGCAAAUGCUCAAAAACGAAGGAAUUACUCACUAUAAUGGAGCGCCGACGGUCAAUAACGAAAUUUGUAAUCAUACAGAUGCAGUAAGGUUAGAUAAUCCAAUUCAUGUACUCAGCGGAGGAUCGGCACUAUCCAGUACAUUGAUAAAGCAGAUGACAUCUCUUAACUUGAUCCCAACGCAGGUUUAUGGCCUCACAGAGACGUAUGGACCUGCUGUAUUGACAUAUGAUUACCAUACUCGGAGACAGUAUACGGAAGAAGAACAAUACAAAUUAUUGGCGCGACCGGGUUACAAUAUCAUUACAUCAGACGAAAUACGGGUAUUAGAUGCAGAAACUGCAACGGAUGUAGAGCCAAAUGGGAUGCAAAUUGGUGAGAUUUGCUUUACAGGCAAUGUUGUAAUGAAGGGAUAUUACAACAACAUAGAAGAAACAAAGAAAAUAUUCAGAAAUGGUGUGUUAUGGACAGGUGAUUUAGCAGUCAGACAUCCUGACGGCUCUAUUGAGAUUGUGGAUCGUAGUAAAGAUGUGAUUGUUUCUGGAGGAGAGAAUAUCAGUUCAAUAGAGGUUGAGAAUGUGAUUGUUCAGUUAGAUGCAAUCCUGGAAUGUGCCAUUGUUUCUGAGCCAGAUGAUAAAUGGGGCGAAAGACCUGUCGCGUAUAUUGUUUUAAAGAAGGACAAGUCUGUAGACAAGCAAUCGAUUAUAGAACAUUGUAGAAGGAAUCUAGCAGGCUAUAAGUGCCCGUCAAAAAUCGUUUUUACUGAAACAUUACCAAGAACAAGUACCGGAAAAGUGCAAAAGUAUCUUUUACGUAACGCAUUAUGGAAGAAAUACAAAAAGAGGAUCAACUGAAAGAGUUAGCUAGAAAAUGAUAUGAGGUUGAAAUAAAAGCCUGAUUUUUUGAUUAGGUACAACGUUGCAUAAAGGACGUUCCAUACAAUUCUCCGCACAUUCUCA